GUUGACAAGUCGUGCGACGACCAAGGCAUCCGCGGUAUCGGGACAGCGUUGCGUCCUUUAAUUACAUAAUUGCAGAAGCCACGCCAGUGUUUCGUCCAAUCUCGCCUUGGCGAAAAAAACUGCACGAAUCACCGAUGUGGUGCAAAUUACCGGUCGGCCAGUUCCAACCCACCAGUUAGGACAAUUAGCAGCGAAAGCACCGAGAGUGGAGGGUGUACUUUCCACUGGAACGAAGUGUAAAAAUCUCCGCGUUUUUUCCAUGCACGCAGCGCGCUCGGAAGGAACUCCCCGAAGGAAGGUUAAAAAUAAACGAGCAUCGUCGCCGACGGUUAUCAAGUUAAAAUUCGAGGCGGCUUCGCUGAUUACUUUUUAUCACGCUGCCCCGAGAAGGGUUUAAAUAAGUGUCGGUGAUAACGGAGCUUCAGUGUUUUCGGACGAGAGGAGCAUUUCACUUUAUCCGCGGUGAACGUUCCAACAUUUAAAAGUAUCAAAAUGUCAUCAAAAGUUCAAGUUACUCCAAUCGGACCACAACUGAGCCUCGGAGAAGGACCUCACUGGGAUGAAAAGACCAAAACCUUGUAUUAUGUUGACAUUGUGGAGUCGGCAAUACAUCGAUACGUCCCGCACAAAAAUGAGCAUAGUCAUUGCAAACUCAAAGGAAAAACGGUGUCAUUUGUCGUACCUGUUGAGGGUAAAGAGGACAGUGAGUUUGUUGUUGGCCUGGAGCGGGACGUCGUGCACGUGGUUUGGGACCUGAAAAGCAACAAACCGACUGCAACGAAAGUCCUUUGCAGCGCGGAGGAAGACCGGGGACGAAACCGGUUGAAUGACGGCAAAGUGGACCCCACCGGCCGGUUGUGGGCGGGGACAAUGCUGCACCUUGGCGAAGUUGAUAACUACCCUUUUUCGUCCCAUCUGUACAGCUUUGACAAAGGAUCAAAGCCGAAGAGACAUCUCUCAGAAAUUGCCAUCUCCAACGGACUCGCGUGGAGUCCAGAUCACACGAAAUUUUACUACAUCGACUCGUUUAAAUUUAAAGUGCAAGCAUAUGAUUAUGACAAAUCCAGCGGUACCAUCAGCAAUGAAAGGACAGUUUUCGAUUUUAAAGCAAAUAACGUGGAAGGAUUCCCGGACGGCAUGACAAUUGAUAGUGAAGGUAAACUAUGGGUCGCUGUCUACUCCGGUGCAAAGGUGAUCCGAGUUGACCCCGAUACGGGGAAACUCCUGUACACGCUACCAAUUCCAAGCUGGGAAGUGACGUCAGUGGUAUUCGGAGGUCCGAACUUGGACGAACUAUACGUCACGAGUGCAAACCAGUUUAAGAACAAUCCGAAAGACAAAUACCCACAACCUGGACAAACUUUCAAAGUUACCAAUCUCGGUGUCAAAGGCACACCCAGCGUCUCGAUUAAACUGAACUAAACUACAUUUCUCUCCCGUCGCGUCGUUGAAAUGCACGAGCACUCUGAUUUAAAAAAUGUGAAUAUCGCUGCGCUGGUGAACCGAGAAACUGUAGUAAGAGUGCGUAUCUCCGGAAAACACAAUUUUUCA